AGGUUCCUUUUCAAUAUUUCUGAUAUUAGCUCACUUACAAUGACAAGUGCGCGGAUAGGUGUGAGGAAUCCUUGGUCGUUCAUGGUAUUGCAAAGUCUCGUGCAUUAGUUCCAGUUCCGCCAUGACGUCCGUUUUAACAGCGGAAAAGCAGAACGUUCAUAGCUUACAGGCUCCGUCCGUCCGGAUUCCACACACAACGGGAUCUUCUUCGGGAGCUGGAAAACACAAUGCUCAGGUUUCUCCCAGUGGGUCUCCGUCAGUGAGGAAAAAAACCUCUACUGCUACCGGGAAUAAUAUCGUCGUGAAACCGAUUCCAGUCUUAUCUGUGUCGUCGUUUUACGAAUUGUCUGCCAACAUGCCGAAUGGGAAAAUGGAUCAUUUUGAUAAGCAUCACGGGAGAGUGACCCUUGUGGUCAACAUGGCCUCUUGUGAUAAAAAUACUAAGCAUGAAUUAACGCAGUUGAAUGACUUGAUGACGGCGUAUGGACCAAAAGGUCUGCUAAUUAUGGCUUUUCCUUGCAAUCAAUUCGGAAAACUGGAACCUUUAAAUAACGCUGAAAUCCCUUUAUUCUUACAAAAUGUGAGACCAGGAGUUAAAUUUGAACCGAAGUUUAUUAUCUAUUCCAAAGUUGAUAUUAACGGAAGUCAAACUCACCCGAUAUAUGAAUACCUUAAGGUUAAACAACCAUUGCCGCAAGAUGACGACGGGCAAAUCGCCCGAGAAUUAAACGAGAUCAGCUGGCAGCCCGUAUGUAGAAGUGACGUCAGUUGGAAUUAUGAGAAGUUUCUGGUUUCACAUGACGGACAACCAUUAAAGCGAUACAGUCAUAGGACGUCGGCGGAAAUAAUCAAGAAAGACAUUGAGUCGGCCUUAAGACGUAUUCCUAAAGUCACGAGAGAGGCGCUUCAGUUGCAUCACUGACAGGAAAUUUUAUAAAACGCCCACCAACAUUUGUUAAAAUUCUCAUUUAAAUAUGAGGGCAUUAGUUAUUGGUUUUUAAUACCAUUGUUUGCAUCAAAUUGUUCUAGAUUACGUUAUUUUAAGAUAUUAAAAAUUAAUUCAA